AUGGAGGCCGGCGGCGAUCGCGGCGCGAAGAUCGUACGCGGGCUGAGGAUGUACGGGAACUACACAGCUCCGAAGCACUGCGACAACAACGAGGUGCUCAAGGCCCUCUGCGAUGAGGCAGGGUUGGACUGUGGAGUUUUUCGCCGACGGGUGGACUGUGGAGCCGACGGUACCACUUACCGGAAGGGUUGCAAGCCAACAGAGUCUAUGGAAGUAGCAGGACCUUCAAUCUCAGCAAGCCCCUGCUCAUCAUACCAACCAAGCCCAUGUGCCUCAUAUAACCCUAGCCCGGCCUCCUCUGCUCUCCACAGCCCAGCCUCCUCUCACAUCACAAACCCUAACAACCCCAUCACCAGCGUACCCGAUGCAAAUUCUCUCAUCCCUUGGCUCAAGAAUCUCUCUUCAGCAUCCUCAUCCUCUUCAAGACCCCCAUUCCAUAACCACAACCUCUACAUUCACACUGGGUCCAUAAGCGCACCCGUGACCCCACCCUUGAGCUCUCCAACCGCACGGUCCCAACGAAUUAAAACUGACUGGGAUGAUCCUACUUCACAACAACCAUCAUGGCCUCCGGGAAACCAUUAUACUUUCCUACCGUCGUCUACUCCGUCAAGCCCUCGCUGUCAGAAGAUGAUUCCUCAGCCCGGGUGGCUCUCUGGGCCCUCGUCCCCCACAUUUAGUCUUGUGUCAUCAAACCCUUUUGGAUCCUUUAAGGGGGGAAUAAUGAGCGAAGGGUCUUCGAGGAUGUGGACUCCGGGUCAGAGUGGGGUGUGUUCACCGGUUAUGCCUCGGAGUGGGGCAUGUUCACCGGUUAUGCCUCGGAGUGGGGUAUGUUCACCUGCUAUGCGAGGAGGACCAAACCGCGGGGAUGUUCAUAUGUUAGAUUGCGCAUCGGACGAGUUUGCUUUUGGGAGCAGUAGCAAUGGUAAUAUUCAGGGUGGAGGUUUGGUGAAGGCAUGGGAAGGGGAGAGGAUUCAUGAAGAGUGUGGAUCUGAUGAGCUUGAACUCACUCUUGGUAGCUCGAGGACUAGGGCGGGCACCUAACCAUCAUAAUUUCCCUUUUUCACAUGCAUUUUAUUGUGAUGUCUAGAGAGGGAUAGGGAGAGAGGAAAUAUGGGUCUUGCAUGUAGCUUCCAUCAUGUUUCAGUUGUGUGCAAAAAGUUAGUGGUGUGGAUUGUCGUAGUAAAUUGGGAAUUUGGCAGAGUAGGGAGGUAAUUCUCAGAUGUUUCAGGGGGGAGUGAAAGGAGAGAGAGCAAUUUGUCGUCAUGGUUGUUAAUGUUGUUUCUUUAGUUUUAGGUUAUUCGUUUAAUAUAUGUUUUUUAGUUGACGUCGUUCA